CUCUAAUAUGGCGUUCAUCUUUCCAGAGCCAAACCGGAGGAGUCCCAGACGCGGGCGGAGCUGCGGGUGGAGCAGAGACAUGAGUCCAGGGUGGAGCAGCUGGGCGCCAGCCAGGCGGAGUUCGUCAGGAGGAUGGAGGAGGAGCUGGAGAAGAGAGACCAUCUGGCGGCUAGCGGAAGAGAGACGGGAGGGUUCACUAAAGACAAGACGCUGGCGUCCAUCUUAGACAUGGACCUGGUCCAGGACAAGACCGGAAAGGAGAUCUCAGAGCUCUGGAUGAGGUUCUACUCCACCAAGGACACCAUCAGCGCCGUCAUAUCGACGGAGACGUUUGGACUCAUGUUCAGCAGAGCGGAGGCCUGUCCCAGGUUCCUGUUCGCUCUGCCCCAGGCGGAGGGAUACGAGUUCUUCCUGGGGGAGUGGUCCGGUCACCAGCUGCACUUCACCUCCCUGAUCAAUGCUCAGGUGCUGGGAGGGCGGGCCCCCAGCCAGCUGGUCCUCUAUCACUUCCCUGAGCUGCAGGAAAGGGGCGUCGUCCUAAUGACCGCCGAGAGGGACCCCAAGGUCAUGACUGUGCAUCAGGCCCAGUGUCUGGCCAAUCAGGUGCAGCUGUUCUACGGGAGCCCGCGGCCGGAGACGUUCCGAUUGGUGGAGAGCUUUAACCACGCCCCCGCCGGCUUCCAGCACAUGGCGGUGAUAGAGGAGCUGGAGGAGAGCGGGCUGGGGGGGGGGGGGGGGGAGAGACUAGGGGAGGCUGAGCUCGGCCACCCCCCUGUGGCCGCGGCGCUGAACUGCAGCGUCCUCCGCAGGAAGAGGAGGACCAACUGUUGCAUCUCUUCCAUGUACAAAUAUCCGGGUAUCAGCUUCUUCAUGACAGCAUGGGGCCGCAGCAUCUAA